CCAGCUUAAUAUCAAAGGACUGGGAAACCCAUGUGGGCACAAAACAGAGGUGCAGAUCAUCCAGACGUCUGAGAUGUUACAGCACUCAAAAAAGAGCUCGACAGCCAGCAUCAAACCCACCUCGGGAAUUAUACACUUAAGUGGAGCCACAGAAACAAGAACAGUUUGUGUUCGCCGACUUUGAUGAACCAGUGUACUAUAAGGAUGAUGAAAUGCCAGAUCAUCUUCUUUUGCAUGAUCUUACAAGUAAUGCAGAGGCAAAGCCGAAGCAUGAAAAGCAUGGCAAUUAGAUGCACCUUAGAGGACUGGAAAUGCAAAUGAAACAUUUAAAGGGCUCUGCAAAGUCUGAGGUGGAGGAAAACUCAUUGAUUGAGUUCCAUGAUGAAGGAUUCCCAUUGGACAAAUGCAUCAAAUCAAAGGAGGUUAAAAAGCAACAAAAGAUCUAUGGCACUCCUGAUGUGGAUGUGGCAGUCAGUGAUACCUGUUGCUCUGGAUGCUGACCCUAAAAUCCCAGAUUACCUGCCAAGUGAAAAAAAUCAGAGUGUUAAUUGAAGAGGACCAACUGAAGAAGGCAAUAUGUCAGACAUGCUUUUUAAUCAGUCACCACCUGAAUGUUUUGAAUAUUACCAUGUCUAAAGAGGAGUACAGAGCGAUUGUCAAGAGAAUUAAAUCACAGAAGGCUUUAGUGCUGCUGAUAGUGAAUCUUCUGUUUCUCCCUGACUCCAUCAUCCCAGACCUUCCAGAGCUUGUUGGGAAGAAUAAGCACAUUGUGAUUUUAGGAAAUAAAAUAGAUUUGCUGCCCGGAGAUGCUGAGAAUUACCUGCAGAGUAUAAAACAUCAGCUAAAGGCAUACUGUGCCAGCAUGGGCAUUUCUACCAGUGAUAACAAAGACAUUCACCUCAUCAGUGCCAAAACAAGAUAUGGUAUAGAAAACCUUAUAAUGAGACUGGAGUCGACCUGGAAGUACAAGGGGGAUGUGUAUUUCUUCGGGAUGGUUAAUGCUGGAAAAUCCACGCUGUUUAAUACUAUACUGAAAUCUGAUUAUUGCAAAUCCAGAGCCUCAGAUGUGAUCCACAAAGCAACUAUAUCUCCAUGGCCUGGUCACAUUGGGAGAACAUUCCAAGCAAAUCAGACACCCAAGAAAACUCUUGUGGAAUUUGAUCCUGACAGUCUGAGCUUUGGAGAAGACCUGGGGGAAGAUAUUAAAAAGGAUCCAUCCUUGGACGCCUCACAGAUGCAGAGCUCACCUACAAUGAAAUCAAAGAUGCACACUGGUUCUAUGAUAGAACCCCAGCCAUCAUCAAAGAACUUAAAGAAACUUAAAUUUAUGUUGAUUUUUCUUGUUUUUCAGGCUGGGUUGCCGUGACAGCAGCCGAAGAAGAUCAGCUGUUGUGGAGGACUCCUGAAUCAGCAGGACUAUGUUUGCGCACCCUUUACUGCCCCACAUCGUGAAUCUGAAAGGACAGAGAAUCAACAAGACUCCCGCCUUCUAGACGAGAAAGCCUCAGGCGCUGGUAAACACCGGUCUGUCUGUGAAAGCUGCUGAGAGGCUCAAUGUAUGAAGGAAAAAAUGAGGUGGUGUUAUUGCUGUUGCUCUUGAUAUCUUCUGGUCUUCGAUAUAUUGUUCCAAUUGAACUGAAUGUACUGCUUAUAUGCUACAAUUACAGUUUCUAAUAAUGUGUUGUUUUUUAACUAAAAUAUCUAAAUGAUUAUAAAUUUACUUGAUAAUUAAAUGUUUAUACAUUCUGUUGUUUGAAAUGUCUUUCAAAUAAAAGAA